UACGUCUAAACUACGUCACUUCCUCUCCCUGGCAAUGGUCACCCGCACGUGUUGAACAAGCGACUGUUUACAGUACUUAUUCGUCUCCGGUUAACUGUUGUAACUACCAGAGAGCAUAGAUGCCUAAAGUGAAGAAGACCAAAGGAGGAGGAGGAGGAGGAGAAAAAGCCGCAGCAGGAGGAGGAACAGUGGCGCUGGCUGACCAGAUCCUACAGGCGGACACGCUGCGUCCCCGGGGCCGAGUGAAGAUGCGGGACAGCCGGGCAGAACAAGAAGACAAGUACGUGGACGAGCGUCUGUCGAGGAAGAUCUUACAACAGGCCCGAAUUCAGCAAGAGGAGCUUCAGACUGAAUAUGGCCUGGCACCGGAGAAGAAGAAGACACCAAUCACGGUUCUUGGGUCCAGCUCUCAGGAUGCAGAUUCAGAUGAGGAGUGGCCUGAACUGGGGGCAGCAGGUGCCGGUGACACCGAUGCUGAGUUUGACAAGGAGGUCGUCAUUGACCCUGAUGAUGAGCAGGCCAUUGAGAUGUUCAUGAAUAAGAACCCGCCAGUGAGACGGACCUUGGCCGAUAUUAUCAUGGAGAAGAUCACGGAGAAGCAGACCGAGGUGGGAACACUGAUGUCUGAGGUGUCGGGAUGUCCAAUGCCCCAGUUGGACCCGAGGGUAAUAGAAGUGUACAAAGGUGUCAGUAAGGUUUUGUCAAAAUAUCGCAGUGGAAAAUUGCCAAAGGCUUUUAAAAUAAUCCCAGCUCUUGCAAACUGGGAGCAGGUUUUAUAUUUAACUGAGCCUGAGACCUGGACCGCUGCUGCUAUGUACCAAGCGACAAGAAUAUUCUCCUCCAAUCUCAAAGAACGAAUGGCCCAGAGGUUUUAUAACUUGGUGUUACUGCCCAGAGUGCGGGAUGAUAUUGCAGAAUACAAAAAACUCAACUUUCAUCUCUACAGUGCCCUCAAGAAAGCCUUGUUCAAACCAGGGGCGUGGUUUAAAGGUAUACUGAUUCCUCUGUGUGAAACUGGGACGUGUACUCUCAGAGAAGCUAUCAUCAUUGGGAGCAUACUCACAAAGUGCUCCAUCCCUGUGCUCCACUCCAGCGCCGCGAUGCUUAAGUUGGCAGAGAUGGAGUAUAACGGCGCCAACAGCAUCUUCCUGCGUCUCUUGCUCGACAAGAAGUACGCCCUGCCUUUCCGUGUGCUGGAUGCCUUGGUGGCCCACUUCCUGUCCUUCCGUAGCGAGAAACGCGAGCUUCCUGUUCUGUGGCAUCAGAGUUUGCUCACCCUGACCCAGCGCUACAAAGCUGACCUGGCCUCCGAGCAGAAGGCCUCGCUGCUGGAGCUGCUGAAGAUAAAGACACACCCUCCCAUCACUGCGGAGAUUCGCAGAGAACUGCAAAACUCGGAGGCGCGGGACAUUGAGAUUGGACUUCCUGUCACGGUGGAAAUGGACUGAGGUCUCAGUUCUUCCCCCUGAGAAGCAAAUAAAGACGUCAUAUUUCUACCUGCUCCGUAAAAGAUCAGAACAAACUCAUUACAUUGUCUCCUCCCCCUGUGUGGAUUCAUUUACAUAUUUAAUCAGUUUAGAUGAAGAUGUAUUUUCAUAUGACAGUGUCUCUGAGCUUUUUUUCCCCCUGCAGUUUUCAGUGCAGUGUGAUUCCUUUUGAACUACAAGUAUUGAUAUUUGUGUGCAUUUGGAUUAAAAACCAAACUGUCUCCUUCAAAACACAA